AUGAUGAAAAGUAUUGUUUUAUUGUUCACAUUGUUUGUAGCAAUUUAUGCUCAAAGUGAAGUAAGUGGUAUGGGUCAAGCUGGUAUUGAAGAGGUUAAAACAAAAGUACAAACUAUUGAAGAUAAAAUGAAAGAAGUAGAAGGUUUAGAAAGAAAAUUAUUAAUGAAUGCUGACAAUGAUAUGAAUGAAGAUGCUGCUAAGCUUGGGUCAUCACGUGUUGACCGUGCAAAGUCAUUAACUAAAAUGAAAUCUGAAUUAGAACAAUUACAAAAGAUUAGAGCUCUUCUUCCUCAAUUACAUUUAAAAAUGAAACAAAUUAUUGAAACUCUUCCAAAGAAAGAACAAUUUAGAUUAAUACGUAAUAUGAAUUUAAGACAUAGAUUUGAUCUUGGAACUUGGCAAGACACUGCUUAA